UUAUUGUAUCUUGCUUCACCACUUCACAAGUGUUGUGACUUCUCAACUACUUUACAACAUUUGUUUCAUGACACUAGUCAGUUUCAGACUAGUGAUCCAAAAUAUAAACCUAAGGACUGAGUGUAAAAUUCAACUCAUCAAAGCUCGUAAACAUUUGUUACAACAAGCUGCAACAUUAAAGAUAUAAACAGUAAACAUAAUCCAUUCAUGUGUUUGUUUAUGUGAGUAAUAGUCUGGUUGUAUUAAGACAUUAAUAGACUUGCACCACUGCCAUUCAGUAAAUAAAGAUUUAGUGCCUGGGUUAAAGGCCUUGACGUCAGACGAGGUGAAGCCUGUGAGUAUUAGAGAGCAGGGCUGUGGUUGAGCCCGUCACCUCCGUUUUUUGACUGAAUGAAUGUUACUGUUUCCUAGCUGCGGCCUCUUGGAAGGAAUACAUGAUCAGAUCCACACUGAGCUUUAAACAAUGGGUCCAAAGUGAACAUGCGUGUGGUGAAACACAUGGUGUGUAAAUGCAGCUUUUGACACUAUUUGGUCUUAAACCAGGACAAACAGUGGAAGUCAGAGCAGCUGAAACCUCUAUGACCAUGAGCAUAGACAUAGACUCAUGAAUAGACUCUAAACAGGUGGUUUUGUUUUAUUAUACUUCCACUGCUACUGUACGUUGUGAUGCUUCACUGAUAGCUAGUCACUGGAACCGCGUGCUUUGCCCGCUGUUACCAGCAGGGGGCGCGCAUAUCCACAUAUUACAAGCCCGGAGUAGAACCGUUCAUUGCAGGUUCAAGCACAAAGCAUUCACCCAAAGCUUAUCUUGUGGACAAAGCAAAGGCAUAGUUCUCAAGCAGCUCUCUGGUUUCUGACAGAACUGAAAGCUCUCCCCCUAAAGGAAUGACCCCACCCAGCAGUGAGGUUGUUUAGGCCAACAUCCGUCUACACUGUGAUCUUUUGACCAUAACUCAUUAUGAAAUUCACCACAAGGCUGCAUUUACACAAACUGUCUAAAGAAAGCUAACAAGAUAACUGCAGGUAACACGUUGUGGGUGAUAAACUGUUUUGUUUGGUUGCUACCUGGCUGAGUCUGGUUUGACAGCUAGACUGAGUCCAUUCACUCCCAGUGUGACUGACAGGCUCCGAGCUUCACCCUCAGACUCUGAGGCAUUAAUGAUUAAUACAGUCAAUAAAACAAAAACGCUUUAGUUGGAUACAAAGGCAUCACAAAGGUUGUGGUUUUCUUAUUGGCUGAUUCCUGACAGGUUUACUCUGUUUUUUCUAAAGGCUGGUCCAUCAGACUCUGCUUAAGGAAGGUUUCCUCCAGGCGCUGGUGCUUUUCCCAGACUUCAUUAUGCAUCGCGACACAUCGUCGGCCUGCUGAUGCUCAGCAGCACAUGGAUGUGACUGAGUCUGUUUGAAGGAUGUUGUGAUUCGUGACAUGUCAUUAUGACAAAACCUGCUGAGAUCCCUUUCAGAUUUUUUCCAGUGUCCUGUGAUUACUGUGCUGAUCACAUUUUACAGUAACUUUGGAGCAUUUCCAGUUUUGUCUUUGUCUUUUACUGGUUUAUGAAGGUUUUGCCUCAGCAUUGCCAGGUUUCAAUUAACUAAACACUGACCAUCUUUAGUGACUAUUAUUAUGGACCAUAUGGCUCAGUGAAACAGUUACAUACUGUAAAGGCACCAGCAGAAUCGUAACAUGCCUUUGUGGGAUACAACACCGGCCUUCGGGUCAAAUGUUUGAUGUGAUCACAGUCAUGACUGUUGAGAUUAUUUAUAGCAAAGGUUUAGUUGUGUCAGGACUUUAACCUUGUAAAGUGCCCUAAGGUAACUCAUACAUAGAAUAGAAGUAAAAUUGAAUUGAAUUGAAUUCCUGAUUUCAGAAAAGGUCAAUGCAUCUACUACGCAUCUACUAUACAUGUACUGUGCAUCUGUUAGGGAGGUGGACUGAGCUGCUUUAGCUGUUGCCGUAUUAGUGGUUGCUUACAAACAGACACGGUGACGUGAGGACGCAGUGAAUCUCUGGCCGCUGGCCUUCAAAGCCUAGAUUUAGGUGUGUGAUUCAGAGGCGCUGGUGUAAAGUGGGUGGCUGGGUCCACUGAGGCCUGAGUAUGGAGCUUAUUCAGCCUCAGCUCACUGACACGCUGCUCCUCCUGUAAUAAGACCCACAGACUGUUAUAUUGUCAGUCACUGACCACUGGACCCUCCUGCUCCGUGUCCGUCCACUGGACCGCUUCCCUGCACACGUCACAUGUUAGUGUCAUACCGACGCCUUCAUAGUACACAGAACCACCACACAAACAAACAGCAGCUUAAGCUCCUUCUGGUCUGCUGGUCAACAGCUUGGCUCCCUCCUGCUCCGUCUGCUGCUGCUGGACACACCUGGACAUGGGAGGCAAGGAUUAGGAAGAUGCUUAAGAUUACACCCUCCACCACCACCACCUCUGACAGCCAGGCCUGCUUCAGCUGUUUUGACAUUUAUACUGGUGACACGAAUUUGUGGAAUUAGGGUUUGAUGACAGGCUCCAGUGCUCAUACUGUUCUGUGUAGUAGUUUUGAUUUUGCUGACUCAUUUUUGUUUUAAAACAUCUUUUUUUUAUUAAUUUAGCCAAAUAACUACUGUACAGUACUUUCUGCUUUUUGACCUGCAUAAACUAACCCAGUAAAAUGUUGCUGUAUUAAGGUUGAUCCACCUACAUAACAUAUAUAAACUUUAUUCCCCAUUUUCAAAGGACUGGGAAAUAUGUACAGUAAAAGGUGAGAAAAACGUUUCUAUUAAUGUUUUUACUAAACAAUGAUUAGCUUUGAACGUUUAAACCAUGAGCACUGAGGUUUACUUCAGGUGUACGUAAAGAAAAGAUAAUCACCUUCAUCACUCUAAUCAGAGACAGUAGUAACAUCUACACAGUCCCCAUGUAAACAGGUAUUUCUCAGCUGUAAACUUCAGCAGCAGCAUCACAGUGGAUGGAGCUAAAAACACCACCUGACAAACUUGGCUCUGAUUAACCUGAUGAGCUUAAAGUCUUAUUGUGUGUGUGUGUGUGUGUGUGUGUGUGUGUGUGUGUGUGUGUGUGUGUGUGUGUGUGUGUGUGUGUGUGUGUGUGUGUGUGUGUGUGUGUGUGUGUGUGUGUGUGACCAUCUGUACAUGCUGAAGGAGGAGGCAGGACAGAAUCCUACUUAUCUCUUUCUACACGUCAGUGCGGCUCCUGGUCGGUGUUUCGCAGCUUGUGUCUUUCCUGCAUCUGCGGUUAAUUAUUUCUCAAAAGAACAUAAAUUACAAGAAAACUACUCUGUGGAGGCUGGACUAACAACAGAAAAGUCAUUUCUGAAGAUUCGAGGAGACACUGUCCAACUACCUCAUGUAUGACUCUACAUUUUGGAUUUUGCUAUUUUCUCUGACUCAUUUCUCUUCAAGGAAAUCUUUGCUUUAAUCAUAUUUGUAGGCGAUAAUGGGCUGCUCUCCAUCCAAAGGAAACUUAUUUUCAAAGCCAGAGAGCCAUGGGCCACAAAGCCCUGUGCUGGCGGAGUCAACUCAGGUCAGUGUUGAUUCUACACAUGUGAAAGACUUGGGCAAAUGUUUGGAGACUAAUGAGGAAGAAAAUGAAGUUCCAGCACCUACUGAAGAAUAUCCUGCAGAAUAUCCGAUACGACCAGAGUUGGCUUCUGAGACACAAAUCACAGAGGCACAAAGGCUACAGGAGACUGAAGAAACAGUGAAGACUGAAACACACCCCAUAGUCAGUGAGGUUGUGCAAACACAAACAGUUGAAAGCAAGGAGAAGAGGAAGAAGAAUCGAGGAAAGAGAAAGUCCAUCGAAACGCAGAGGAAAUCCUCCAUCAUUAAAACCAAGGUGGACUUCCCCCCACAAAUGGUGAGAGCUCACCAGGCGGCCUAUGGCUUCCUUAACCCAAACAUCUCAAAGUAUGAGGCACUGAUGGGCCUGCUGGACCAGGCUGCCCAGACACAGUUGUCCAUCCAGCCCAUGAUGUCUGCUUUGGUCAUGCGCUUUGAGGAGAUCAACCAGGCACUGGAGGAGAUAGCUGAGGAGGGGGAGCUGAUGUUAAAGGAGCAUGGGGACUACAUGGCUUUGCCAUCUGGGAUAAAAGGUCCGGCUGUUAUGUCAGUUAAACCUAGUGGUGACACACUUGGCUCCAAUGACCCACCACCAGAUCUAUUACAGCUAAUGCUCCAACAAUCUACAGAGAAAAUGAGGCAGGUUGGGGGCUCGGCCCAGACGCUGGGAGACGCAACGCUUGAGGAGGCAGUGGAGUAUUUCUCUUCACUCUCUAAGCUGCUGUUUGAGAAGCUGCAGGCUAAACAGGCAGCAGAGCGCCGGCUGACCCAUGUUCUAGCAAGGGUGGAGGGGGCUGCUGUGAAGAAGGCCAACCCUGAGGAUGUGGCCCUGCACAGCGAGGACAGUGGGAUUGGAGGAGAAAAUGAAAGUCUAACAGGGUCCGAGAGGCACCAACACCAUCGUGGAAGUGCUGGAUCUGGAAGUACUGGGUCUGGGGCCAAAAUUCAUGGUGCACAUGAUAGUGUGCCCAAUAAUUCCCUGAACCUGAUAGGCGGUGAUGAAGAUGAUGAAGACGAAGAUGACAAUGAAUAUGACGGAGAGUUUGAGGAUGAUCACGAUGACAGGCCUGGAAGGAAGAGGUCCAACUCUUCCCCGCCAGAUCCCAGUCAGCCUCAUGUAUACAUGCAGGGCAGGCAUCCUACAGUUCAACGACCACUGACAGCCAUUAAUGCAAAGCGUGAAAACUCUUCACCCAUCAUAGUAAUGGAUCUGCAAACGAGCCAGAGAGACUUAGACCAGAGACUGACAAAGAAAGAUCAAAGAUCAAAGAUGAUCCAAGAAAACAAAGACGUAUCCGCACCUCACCUUUAUAGGCACAGAGCUGGACUAAGACGACACUCAUUAUGUGGCUCAGCAGGUGCACAAAAAGCACAGUCAUCUUGUUCUUUACCAGCAUUAGCACCCCAACCACCAAAGCAACCAUCUGUCAGACGACUGAUCAAUGCCUUCAGCCAAGGGGUUGAUGGUAGACCAGGGCAGAGCCUUGCUAACCUCCCACCUCAUAUUAAAAGGUCCAUGAAAAGUGAGAUUCUUGUCUUAUCUGACACAGGAGGCUUAGUCAUUAAUGGCAAUAAUAACAACAACAGCUGGCCUGACAGCAGAUAUGACUCUGAUAGUGAGAGCCUGCCACCUCCUCCCCCAGAGGUUCUGAUGGAUAACUCAUUCCAAAGUACCGAUGGAAUGCCAGGAAACAGCGAUGGGCUGCAGGAACAUUCAGGUCGAACUCUCCCAAUGAUUCCCCAUAGGACUGGCGCUGCCCACCGUCUAAAGACAUCUUUUCAGAAUGUGGAAGUGCUGCCAAACCGAGCCAGUGUGAGGCCAAGUAUACCCCCCUCCCAUCCCCUCAGGCAGGGUGCUGUUGCAGGGUCUGAGCUUGAAGAACAGCAAACAGAAAAUGACCUGGACCCAGAAAUGGAGACAGCUCUCUAUCAACAGGCUCGUAAGAUUAUUUGCCUUCGCAACGCAGCAGAAUGUUCAGCUAAACGAAAUAUAGGCCCUAGACCCCUGCAAGCUAAGAUGGGCCCAAGGUGUGAAAGCAUUGACUUCAAUGAGGGUGAACAGAUCUCGUGCCUGCCUGUGACAGCACCACCCGUCUCCAGAGUUCGUCUACCGCCAUCUUGUCCAACUGUGUGCCACAGAUUUCCAAGCCCUCCUGUGUUCAGACCUCAGUCAACCUCUAGGCCCUCAUCUCGCCCAAGCUCUCCCAGGACAGUAAUACGGGCUUCAGAUCAUAGCACUGAAGAGAUCGUCCCAUUGGUCUCCUUUCGAGAUGCCCGUUCAGUCUUUUGUCAAAAUGAGUUCAUGAAAUCUCAGACCAGCAUCUCUCCUGUGAGUUGUGAGCUUUCCAGACCGUGGGGGGAGGCGUGUCGUGGCAGGAUACCCACAAAAGCCAGGGACAGCCCUACCCGCCGCACCCGGUCAGAGCAGAGGCCUGGGCUUUCCUCCAGAGGUCCAGCCUCCAGUCAGGCCAGGGGCCAUGAGCCUAGGGCCACAAAAUACAGGUCGACCAGCCCUCUGAGGAGAAGUGACGAUCCCCAGCUGGAGGCAAGUGCCACUGAAUCAGCAGCCUAGAGCCCAACGAUGAUUCAAAAGGGAAAGUAUAGAGGGGAGAACAGGAUUAGAGCACAGCUCAGUACCAACGGAAGGUUCCUCUUUUUAGUGGUUGAUUUAGUGGUAGAUGCCACAUUAAUGCAAGAAUGGUUUGUAGAUACUUUGAUUUCUUGGAAUAACAUAGACACACAAUGUUCUUCAUAGUUCAUUAUGAUUUUGAAGGGAAUUCUUGUUUCAGUACUAAAUGCCAUAGAGAAAAUGACUUUUGUGUUUGUAGGAGUUUUCUGCUGUUGUGUUUUAUAUUUGUCUCCCAAUAAAAACAUCCUGCCGUUAAUCAGUCCUGUGAUGCUAAAUGUGUUUAAGGUCCAGGUACAAUCAGUCAGGACUGAAAUGCAAGCAUUCAUUCAACCUGUCCUGGAGCUGGAUGCCACAGAUUAGUAGCUGUGAUUCUAACCUGAUGAAACCAGACAAAAGAGUGUUCAAUAGAAUAAAUUACUCAGUACGGGGACUGAAAGAACUGCUGUCUCAUCAGAGAUUUACCAGGCCUCCAACUGCAGUACACAGAUGUGUUAGAUUCAGUCUUAUCUUCAUCAUCAUCACACUGUAGGUGCAUUAGUUGGAGUCUGAGAUUACUGUAUACCCUUACUAAGCAAUGCUGAUGCUGUUUAUAAUAAUCUGACAAAGGUGGAUGCCCCCAUGUCCUGGCUUAAUUGUGUUUAGCUGACCUCUAGAUGGCGACUGGCAGACAUGCAUCAUCUGAUGUAGCUCUAACACGUCCAUCUCUUAAAAAAGGAAACACUGAGAAAACAUUUGUCUCUUCUAAUGCACAGCAGCAUGUACUGUAGCGGAGGUGAAGUGGGCUUGUUCACUGGUGAACAUAAAGGUUGAGGAUGUUCAGGUUAAACAACCAACUCAUAAAACCUGUUGAAACGCUUCCAGCUGUGAAACCCUGGAAACACCUCCACGUCCCUGUAAUAUUUUUAUUACUUAAAGGGAUAUUUCGUUGUGACAGAAACUAAAACAUGACCUUUGACCUUACUUUGUGGUCUUUUAGUUUGACCCCAUGUAUGAGGGAACCCAACCACAGGAACCCUCUGAUGACAGCAGUUCUGUGACCCUUUUCUGGGUCUCUUUUUUUGUUAUGCCUAUUUUCACUUCUGGUGUGGUAUCUUCAGUAAAAAAGAUCAUUCAUGAGAUCAUUGAAUGGGACUUUGUCACAUAAAGGUGAUCACUUUAGAUAAUUACUUCAGAAAAUCACUAUUUCAGUAUUUGUCGUUGUGGAUGUUGCUGACCCUCCUUUAGUUUUAGGCAUUCCGUGGCUGCAGCACCACACUCUUCAGACGGACUGGACUACUGGUAAGGUACUGGAUUGGAUUUAGUUUUGUCAUGCUUCCUGUUUAUGAUCAGCCAUACCAAAGAUAGAUGAAGAUAGGGGGGCGUCAACUCUGUGGACCUGGCCACUGGUCUGAUCCGAGCAUCCACAUCAGGGGCAGGGUUCUUUUUUGUAGAUAAAAGGGAUGGGGUAGUGUUAAAGGGAGCUGCUAUUUUCACUUGUCUAGACCUGAGGAAUACUUACCACCUUGUUUGAAUUAGAGAUAAGGUAGAAGCAGUAAGAGAGUGGCCAGUACCUACCAGCAGGAAGCAGCUUUGGAGGUUUUUAGGCUUGGCCAUUUUCUGCACCCUGCAAUGACC